AUGAGUUGUGUCCGAGCGAUGACCGUUUACUCAGUUAUUCUUUACAUUAUCCUCUCCUAUUAUAUCACAACACAAACACAACAAAGCUACUGGCAAGCGACAUUGGGCGACAUAUGUCAGUUGCCGAGUUUGCCAAAAGCAGCCGGAGAUCCGACGAAAUAUCUGGAGUGUGUGAGGCAGGACAUUGUGUCCGAUAGGUGGGUGUUAUACUACUAAUCAUAGUUUUCAGUGAUAGACCUUAUUUAGUAUAAAACAGUGUUUAUACGUUACACCAUAGAUUCUGUUAUCCAGAAUUUUUAAUUUUUUAAUGUCAUUCUGUAGAAGCGAUUUGGGAGUAUGGAAGUUACAAGAAUGUGCAGAAGGCUUCAUCUUCGUGCCAUCGGCCAAAAAGUGCAAAUCGGAAAAGUUUGUACAAAAACAAGAAAUGAUGUGCGAUUCCAACAAGAACUUCGACUUUUGUCCCAAACUUCAAAAUGAAGUAAGUUCUUUUCACAAACAAUAUUACUCCUAAAACCUAACUAACAUAUCUUUAUAUCUAAAAUAUUAAAAUUCACCUUAUAUCGUUACCAAAACCUUCAAUUAUAGUAUCAUAUCAAGAAGUCGACGUCAGAAUCCAAAACUUGUAAAUGUGAAAAAGAAGAUGCUUGUGGUUGUGAGAAGACACAAGACGUACUACAACCUAUCAAAGUCAUCAGAAAAAGUAGAACAACACAUGCCCAAACACAGUUUACACAGGCCCCGAGGUACCGUCAGAUGUCAACAACUUGUAAUAAUAACUGUGCCAAAACUCAAGUAAGUAUAUUAUUUGAAAAAGCAAAUUUUUCAAUUUUCUCAAAAAUUCGUUUCCAACGUCCUUUUUAUAUAUAAAAUGUCAUCAAUUUUAGAUGAUAGUAGAGAUAUAUAAAGACCUGACAGCUUACCCCUUUUCAUCUACCCCAACUCCACCUGCUUCUGAAGCCCCUUCCUUUCAAAACACCCCUGCUUUUACCCCUCCUUUCGUGUAUGAACACUCUCCUGAUCCCCCAAUCGGCUCUGCCAAUGUUAAUAACUUGAACCAAGAUCAAAAUGUUAGACAAGAGAACCUUCAAAAUAACAAUCAGCCACCCUACAACAACAGGAUUCAAGAUUACUACAGUCAGAGCAAAUACCAAAACGAUUUGAACCAAAUGAAUGCUCCAGAAGUUAAUAAACAGCAAGUCAAAAAUAGUAAUAUUGAGGAUCAACAGCCAGUUCAGCAACCAUUUCAGCAAAUGCCACAGGAAAACAGACAGCAACCUCAAGGUAACACGUUUCAACAGCAACAAGGUCAACAACAGCCGCAACAAAAUCAAAACGAACCAUCACAACAACCGUUUCAACAGCAGCCAAACCAAAUCGCAUAUCAGCCACAACAAAACUAUCAACAACAAUAUCCAUAUCAACAAACUCAGCCUCAAGCACCGCCAUAUCAGCCGCAAAAUCAGCAACAAAAUGGGAUGCAGUUACAACAAGUGCCUCCGAAUCAGCAAUCACACCAAACUUCAUUACAGCAGCAAAAAGUGUACCAGCCAUCAUAUCAACCAGUUCCAGCUCAACCUUUAAAUCGACAGUAUGAACAUCAAAACCCAGUACAACAACAACAGCAGCAACCCCAACGGUUACAGAGGCCACAAGGGAAUCAAUAUAACUGUCCAUCAUGUGGGCUUUAUAGUAAUGUUAACCACAACUCUAAUGACCAUCCUCAAUACAACGCUAUUAACAGCAAUAGUGAUGUUAUCCCAUCUCAAUCAGAUGGAACAGUAUACAACAAAGUAAAGGAAGAACGAAGACAUAAUGUGAUAAGAGGAAAGCAUGGUGAAACCGAGUACGAUAUUGUUAUCACACAAUAUAAAGGCAAACGACCAUUAACAGGAGAUGGCAGACAAGGUAACAAUACCAUCCAACAAGGUACCAGACAGCAAAGCAGUUCAGAAACGCAACAUCAAUAUCAACAAAAUCAAGGAUACCAAAACGAUCAGUUUCAAAAUAACUACGAUAGGCAAAGUUAUCAACCAUCAGGUAACUCAGGGCCUCCAAUAAAAUAUAAUCAGUUCAACAACGCUAACUACCUUAUGGAACAACAUAAUACGCAAAGAAAUCGACCAUGCACAAGUUGUCAAAAUCAAAAUAGUCAAAACACACCUUCUGGAUACAACAACCAACAACAGAACUAUCAAAACCCAUCAAACAUACAGAUACAAAACUACAACAAUAUUGGGAUUCGACACAAUAGUCAAUCAAAUAACAGACCAGAUCUACAACAAGCAGCCUACCCACAAAAUCAUGACAACUCGUACCUGAACAAUAAUUACCAAGGUUCGAGUCAACAGUAUUUACCACAGAACCAAAGUCCUUACUCCAACAUCAAUGGACAAAACCAACACCAACUUAAUCCAUCACAGCAUGAACAACAGCCUAAUCAAUAUCUACAACAACAAAGCUUACCUCAAUAUCAAGCUGCAGAUCAACGCCAAAGUAAUUUAAACCAUCAACAACAGAAUCAACAGAUUCUGAACCCACCAAACAAAAAUUGUCCGAACUGCAAUCAAAAGUUGGCCGACAGUUACAAUUCAGCCCAAAACAGCUGGAAUCAGAAUAAUUACAUGAAUCUACAACAACAUAGUCAAGCUGAGUACCGCUAUCAAGGAAGUAACAAUCAAAUACAAGGUCAAAGGAUGCAGGAUAACUCUGUAAGAUGUGUUAUGACCUUCGCUUGCCUUUAACAAAUAAUUCUGUAAAAUACUAAUAAUUUACUUACAUUUGAUGCUAAUAGUAACAUAUUAUCCUUAACAACUGUCUGUAACAUCAAGUGCAAUAUAAACCAGGAUUUUGUAGAAAUUUUUUACAAAUAUUUUUCUCAAACCAGUUUCCCUGCGCGGAGUAUUGAUUGAUUGAAACGAAGUGUCAAAAAGUAUCGGCCGUUUUUUUUUUGAAUAAACGCCUUUGGAAAUACUAAAAAUGUAGAGUAUCGUGCUGUGAAAAGGUAUUAUUAGGCUGAAAUGUUUUUUUAAAAAUUAAAUUUAGAUGAAAUGUCAAAUGAUAUCGACAAAGCAACAGUAUUGUCCUCGUAAUGACCAGCCCAUAAUUCAGCCACAACCUUGUGGUUUAGGUAAGUUUUUGUCGUUUAGAGAUGCAAGUCAACUUUUUGUUAAUUAUUCUAUUAGUAACAAAUAAGAAAGUAUAGUAAUGGUUAAGACAAAGUUUCACUUUGCUAAUUAAAUCUUCAUUUUUUAAUGUUUUAGUCGACGGUGACAGCGUGGCCAACGCCCAGUAUCUGGGAAUCUGUUCGUGGAUGUUGGACCCGCUAGCCAAAGAUCCUGAAUCUAACUGUAACUUCUUGCAAUGCCAGCCGGCUCCGAACAAUUUGUUUUGUGGUCGAUGGCAGCGAAUGCCUUGUGCUCCAGCUACAGCGUUUGAUGUUAAUGCUCAAGUUUGUGUGUGGGAUGCAUGUAAGUAUCAUAUUGGCUAUUCCCUUUUGUACCAUAAUACAUAACGUAAUUUUUUAGAUUAUGAUAGAUAUUUAAAUAAUUAUAAGCUACUUUUCAGUGUCAAUGCCUGGCCCUCUUCCCCCUCCAGGUACUACAACAACAUCAGUACCUCAGUUUAAUCCCAUAAAGAUAUCAAUUCCCUUGCCCAACAUGAACCCAUGUUCAUGUAAAGGUGGCGUUCAGAUCGGGUCGUGUAAUGGUCAAUUCCAAUGUCCUGGACAGUCGAUAUGUCAAGUUGGUCAGAGUUCCAAUAAUCGGGUGAGUAACUUGUACUUUUAUAUAUUUUUAGGUUUUUAGAUAAAGAUUAAGUAUUUCUAA